AUUGCUUUAUUGCGCUUGAAUCUUGAAAAAACAAUUUAGCAAUUGAAGUUAUUGUUAAAUUUUAUAUAACAACAAUUAUGAUUAUUACUAACUAUUGUAAAGUAAUGAACUUUAAAAAAAUUGUAAAUAUCAUAUAAUGAUAUACUAUUUUAAAUAGUAAAUAGCAAGUAUCAUUACAUCAUAUUGAAGAAGUUUCUGUCUACUAUAUUAAAAUGUCUGGUGCAAAAGCUCGUUUUGAGUAUAAAGCAGAAACUGAUCAAGUUCCACAUCCAAGUGCAAGAACUCGAGGAGAAUAUUUAAGUCUGUUAAAUAUUGAUCAUCCUCCAACUGUAAUUCGAGGAACAGGAAUAAUAUGUACAAUAGGUCCAUCUUCUCAAAGUGUUGAUACCUUGAAAAAGCUUAUAGAAAGUGGGUUGAACAUUGCCCGUUUAAACUUUUCACAUGGUACCUAUGAGUACCACCAAAAAACAAUCAACAAUGUUAGAGAAGCUGCUUUAUCUUCAUUGCCACAUGUUGUUGCAAUUGCUUUAGAUACUAAGGGACCAGAAAUUAGAACUGGAUUUAUGAAAAAUGGGAACGAUGUUUUUUAUAAAAAAGGUAGCAUUAUAAAGGUAUCUUGUGAUCCAGCUUUUGAACAUGAAUGCUCUGAGACUCAACAGUAUCUAGAUUAUAAAGAUCUUAUCACUUCUGUCAAACCAGGGGGUCAUAUUGUUAUUGCAGAUGGUAACUUUUUACUCGAAGUAAAAGAAAUCAUUGACAGCAAAAAUCUUUUGGCAGAAGUUUUAAAUGAUACAACAAUAGGCAGUCGUAAAAACUGUAACUUACCUGGGGCUAUAAUUACUUUGCCUUCCGUUUCAGAAAAAGAUGCACAGGACUUACAAUUUGGAGUGAAAAACAAAGUUGAUAUGGUGUUUGCUUCAUUUAUUCGUAAAGCCUCAGAUGUUGAAGAUGUACGCAAAGCACUCGGCGAAGAAGGCAAAUAUAUCAAAGUAAUUUCUAAAAUUGAAAACCACGAAGGUGUUGUUAAUGUUGACGAAAUCAUAGCAGCAUCAGACGGUAUCAUGGUAGCUCGAGGAGAUAUGGGUAUGGAAAUGCCUGCCGAAAAAGUAUUUUUGGCGCAAAAAAUCCUUAUUACUCGCUGCAACAGAGCAGGAAAACCGGUCAUUUGUGCGACUCAAAUGUUAGAAUCCAUGGUUAAGAAUCCGCGUCCAACACGUGCUGAAAUUACUGAUGUCGGAAACGCUGUUGUUGAUGGCGCUGAUUGUGUCAUGUUAUCUGGUGAAACUGCUAAUGGUUUAUAUCCCGUAGAAGCUGUUGAUAUAAUGCAUAAAAUAUGUCGACAAGCUGCUACUGUUCAAUUCUUAAGGGACUCGUUUUUUGAAAGAGCUGGUAAAGAUGAUUUUACUGACAUCACAGAAACAACUAGUAUUUCUGCAGUUACUGCUUCAUUUAAGACUAAUGCAUGCGCUAUCAUUGUGCUCACAACGUCUGGCCGCACGGCCUGGACAUUAUCCAAAUAUCGUCCUCGUUGUCCAAUUAUUGUGAUCACCAGAGAUGAGCAUAUUGCUCGUAUUUGCCAUUUAUACCGUGGUUUGUUUCCAUUAGUUUAUCUUCCAGACCGUAACAGAACAUGGCAUGACGAUAUGUAUGACCGUUUAGAUUUUGGAAUUGCUAGAGGACGUGAUAUGGGAUUUAUAAAGUCAGGAUCUUUUAUCAUUUUUGUUUCUGGAUGGCAUCCGGGUGCAUCCUCUACUAAUACAGUACAAAUUAUGCAAGUGCAAGACGACUCCGUAAUCGGAGAUAGAAAAAAUAUUAUUUUUGAAAAUCCUACCUAAAAGUCGGUUAUCCGAAGAAAUCUUUAUUACAAUUAUCUAAACACCGAAUCUUUGAUCCUUGAAAUAAAAAUAAAAUGUUGACUUUGCCAAAUAUAAAUAUAUUUUUGCUUUUCUUGUAAUACUCUUAAAUCUUUGGGUUUAAAAUAAUGUUUAACAACCUACACUGUA